AUGUCAACAACAGCCGACAGGAAAGCUGAGUUAGAGUUAAAAAAGGAGAAGCUUCGUGCACUUAGAGAAGAAAAGCUUAGGCGAGAAGAACUGAAACUCCGUGGUCUCGGUGGCAUUGAUAGCGCUCCUGCUUCAUCGACUGACUUGCGUGGUGAAGCUAAUGCUCUACUCAGAAAUUUGGGUAUCGAUCCGUUGAAGUCACCAGAAGUUGGGGAGAUAGGGCCACAUCUACCUCGACGCGUUGACAAUGGAACAAGGUCGCGGACCUCAUUGCGAGAAUUCUGCUUCGUUAUGCACUCGGGUGAAUUCGGCCACUCGACUGUUGCUUUCCACGCCGGCGCCGGAGGACAAGCAGCGAAGGCAGAAAUGCGCGUUGGCGCGACGACUGAGUCAUGCCGCCUCCCCUGCCCCCACAACCACGACGAUUUGUGGCAUCGUAAACCACCCAGAAUGAUGCAGCAGGCAUGUCUGCCUGUUGACGUGGGCAUCCCACCUCAUUUUAUUUGUAUUCUCCCCCCAUCCGCCCACCCCGCCAGGCGUGCACGUAGCCCCACGUCUAACGGGAGUUCGCGUUUGCGUAGGUCGGAGGACCUUCUGCCGUGCGUGGUGGAUCUCUACGCCGAGCGCUGGUCCACCAGCCGAACAGUCGUGGACCUCGACUGGUCCCCCACGUACCCGGAGUUGGUGUUGGCCGCGUACAGCGCCAACGAAGAGGCCACCGACGAGCCCGCUGGCUGCUGCAUGGUCUGGAACCUCAAAUUCCCCACCCGUGGCUGCCCCGAGUACCUCUUUCACUGCAACGAACCAAUCACCGCCGCGGCUAUGGUCCGUUUUCACCCCAACCUCGUCAUCGGUGGCACGUACUCCGGUCAGGUGGUUCUUUGGGACAGCCGCUCGAAUAAGCGAACACCAGUUCAGCGCAGCACGUUUACGACGAUGACGCACACCCAGCCAAUCAAUUCUGUGCAAGUGAUCGGAUCACAAAACGCUCACAACGCGAUAACAUUGAGCUCUGAUGGAACCAUGUGUUCGUGGAGCCUGGAUAACCUUGGUGCACCGCGUGAACGCAUCCGCGUGUGUGAAACCCCCAGCACACCGACAGGCAUGUUCGAUCUCUUCCCCACGUGUAUGGACUUCUUUGCCGGCGAUCAGAACAACUUUGUCGUCGGAACCGAGGUUGGACACAUCUACACCGAUCAGCGGCAUUCAAGUCGAACCGUUCCUCUUGAGGGUCGCUCGAUUCGCCGGCCACAGCCCUUCAGUGGUCACUCAACAAUGGUUAGCGGUAUUGCGACACACCCUAGCCCGAGCGCGAUCUCCUUCUCACACAUAUUUCUUUCCUCUUCUCUUGAUUGGACCGUUCGUCUGUGGUCAGUGCGCGACAACACGCCUCUCCACACCUUCGACGACUACUCGGAAUGCGUCUACGGCGUCGACUGGAGCCCGCUGCACCCCGCUCUAUUCGCCGCUGUCGACGGCACUGGCCGAAUCGACGUGUGGAACCUCAUCGACGAUAUCGAAGUUCCGACGGCGCGAUGUCGCACCCAGUUUACGUCGGCUAUGAACAAGGUGAAGUGGGACACGACGGGUUCAUUCCUCGCGGCCGGUGACGACGAGGGUCACGUGCAUGUUUGUGCGGUCGCCGAGCCACUCGCAUCGCCCGGACCCGAGGACGCAGCCCGAUUGGCUCAUGUCCUCGCGGGGCUCAAGGCCACCUCUUCUUCAGCCAAUCAGACCGUCUUCCCCUAA